CCAUGAGCCACGAGCAGCAGGGCUGGGGCCGCGACGGCGGGGGCCGCGGGCCGGGCCGGGGCGGCGGGCGCGGCGGGCGCGGCCGGCACCCCGGGCACCUCAAGGGCCGCGAGAUCGGCCUGUGGUACGCCAAGAAGCAGGGCCAGAAGAGCCGCGACGCCGAGCGCCAGGAGAGGGCCGUGGUGCACAUGGAUGAGCGCCGGGAGGAGCAGAUCGUGCAGCUGCUGCAUUCUGUGCAGACCAAGAGUGAGAAGGACAGCACGGAACCCCAGCUUUCCUGGUUCGAGCCUGAGGAUCACGGGUACGGCACCGAGGUCCCUACCCAGAGCAAGCCCCACUCAGAGAAGAAGCCCGAGAACCACGAGAAGAGACUGGUGAAGCCCGAAAAGGUGCCCUUCAGGGUCAGGGACAGAUACGGGGACCGGGAUGCUGAGUAUAUCUUCCAAGACAAUGAGCCAGACGGAGCCUUGGACCAGCAGUUACUGGAGGAGCUGCAGAGGAAGAAGACGGAUCUCCGAUAUAUCGAGAUGCAGCGCUUCAGAGAAAAGCUGCCUUCAUUCGGGAUGCGAAAGGAGCUGGUGGAUAUGAUCAAUGGCCACCAGGUCACCGUGAUAAGUGGCGAGACUGGCUGUGGCAAGACCACGCAGGUCACCCAGUUCAUCUUGGACGACUAUAUCGAGCGAGGGAAGGGGUCUGCGUGCCGCAUCGUGUGCACUCAGCCCCGGAGGAUCAGCGCCAUCUCGGUUGCCGAGAGGGUGGCUGCAGAGCGUGCAGAGUCCUGUGGAGGUGGCUGCAGCACGGGCUACCAGAUCCGCCUACAGAGCCGGCUGCCCCGGAAGCAAGGGUCCAUCCUGUACUGCACAACGGGGAUCAUCCUGCAGUGGCUCCAGUCAGACCCGCGGCUGGCCAGCGUCAGCCACGUGGUGCUGGACGAGAUCCAUGAGCGGAACCUGCAGUCCGAUGUUCUGAUGACGGUCAUCAAGGACCUGCUUGGCGUCCGGCCUGACCUGAAGGUCGUCCUCAUGAGCGCAACGCUGAACGCCGAGAAGUUCUCGGAGUAUUUCGGCCACUGCCCGAUGAUCCACAUCCCUGGGUUCACCUUUCCGGUGGCGGAGUAUCUUCUGGAGGACAUCAUUGAGAAGAUCAGAUACGUCCCCGAGCAGCGGGAGCACAGAUCCCAGUUUAAGAGGGGCUUCAUGCAAGGGCACUCCCACAGGCCGGAGAAGGAGGAGAAGGAAGCCCUGUACCGAGAGCGCUGGCCUGGCUACCUGCAGCAGCUGCGGAAGAAGUAUUCUUCCAGCACCGUCGAUGUGCUUGAGAUGAUGGACGACGAUAAAGUGGAUCUGAAUCUGGUCGCUGCCCUCAUCCGACAUAUUGUUCUGAAGGAGGAGGACGGCGCCGUGCUGGUCUUCCUGCCUGGCUGGGACAAUAUCAGCACUUUACAUGACCUCUUGAUGUCACAAGUGAUGUUUAAGUCAGACAAGUUUCUGAUUAUCCCUUUGCAUUCACUGAUGCCCACCGUGAACCAGACCCAGGUGUUUAAAAGAACCCCUCCUGGUGUUCGGAAGAUAGUCAUCGCGACCAACAUCGCCGAGACCAGCAUCACCAUAGAUGAUGUCGUCUACGUGAUCGACGGCGGGAAGAUAAAGGAGACGCACUUUGACACCCAGAACAACAUCAGCACCAUGUCUGCGGAGUGGGUCAGUAACGCCAACGCCAAGCAGAGGAAGGGCCGAGCUGGCAGGGUCCAGCCUGGCCACUGCUAUCACCUGUACAACGGUCUCCGAGCCAGCCUGCUGGAUGACUACCAGCUGCCCGAGAUCCUGAGGACCCCUCUGGAGGAGCUCUGCCUACAGAUCAAGAUCUUGAGGCUCGGGGGCAUUGCUGACUUUCUGGGCAGGCUGAUGGACCCCCCAUCUGAUGAAGCAGUGUCACUUUCCAUACGACACCUGAUCGAACUGACCGCCCUGGACAAGCAGGAGGAGCUGACGCCCCUUGGGGUGCACCUGGCACGGCUGCCGGUGGAGCCGCACAUCGGGAAGAUGAUUCUGUUCGGGGCUCUGUUCUGCUGCCUGGACCCCGUCCUCACCAUCGCAGCCAGCCUCAGCUUCAAAGACCCCUUCGUCAUUCCGCUGGGGAAGGAGAAGGUUGCAGACGCCAGGAGGAAGGAGUUGGCCAAGGACACCAGGAGUGACCACCUGACGGUCGUGAACGCCUUCGAGGGCUGGGAGGAAGCCAGGCGCCGGGGCUUCCGCUACGAGAAAGACUAUUGCUGGGAGUAUUUCCUGUCUUCCAACACUCUGCAGAUGCUGCACAACAUGAAGACGCAGUUCACCGAGCAUCUCCUUGGGGCUGGGUUCGUGAGCAGCAGGAACCCGAAAGAUCCGAAAUCGAACAUCAACUCAGAUAACGAGAAGAUUAUCAAAGCUGUCAUCUGUGCUGGCUUAUAUCCCAAAGUCGCGAAGAUUCGCUUAAACUCUGGUAAAAGACGAAAAAUGGUGAAGGUGUACACGAAGCCGGACGGGCUGGUUGCCAUCCACCCCAAGUCUGUGAACGUGGAGCAGACAGACUUCCGCUACAACUGGCUCAUCUACCACCUGAAGAUGCGGACGAGCAGCAUCUACCUGUACGACUGCACGGAGGUCUCCCCGUACUGCCUGCUGUUCUUCGGGGGCGACAUCUCCAUCCAAAAGGACAAGGAGCAGGAGACGAUCGCCGUGGACGAGUGGAUCAUCUUCCAGUCCCCGGCGAGAAUCGCCCAUCUCGUCAAGGAGCUGAGGAAGGAGCUGGACGCCCUGCUGCAGGAGAAGAUCGAGAGCCCCCACCCCGUCGACUGGAAGGACACGGGGUCCCGGGACUGCGCCGUGCUCUCCGCCAUCACCGACCUCAUCAAGUCCCAGGAGAAGGCGGCCCCCAGGAACGGCCCGUCCAGCUUCCAAGACCGGGGCUACUGCAGCUGACGGCGUCACACAGGGUCUGCGGACCCAGGGGUGGGGGCCAUCUGCCACGUAGGGCAGUGCUGGUGAGACGCCAGGGCGGGACGCGGGAGCGCGGGGAUCAGUGGUGUGUGUGGUAGAUGGCGCCCUGGUGGUAAGCGAGCACGAGAGCGGGGUGCUGCCCUGGCACAACAUGCAUGUCCCCUGGUGGCCCCGGGCUCAGGUGACCAUGGCCGCGUCCACGCGCCAGACCUCGCAUGCACAUGCCGUGUCUCUCGAGAAACCUUCGUUCUGCUGUGAGACGCUCAUUCCCUGCCCAGGGGACCCCGAUGGAGUGAGCGACUGGAAGACGCUGUCGGGCGCGGGUUUGGUCCCUGCCAGUCUUCACGGCGAUGUGGGCCGGUGCAAUAAAGCCGCCAUGAAUGGACCGUGCCGUGUCAGCUCGGCUGGCCUGGGUAUUGGCUGCAGACACCACGUCCAGGGCCUCGCUGCCCCGGGAAUGCUGCUCCUCCUCGGCUCUCCCCACCUCGUGUGGCGGAGACGGUGCAUGCGGGGGGUGGCCUUCACCCAUCCUGCUCCCCUCGCACGCGCAUUUAGCCCCUUGGCACCUGCUGAGCGCCCGCUGCCUUACAGCACGCUCUCAGGGCUGAGGGGUCGCGCUGCUGCUCCAGGUGACCUCCACUCCCUCAUCCGAGGCCCCAUGGCCCCUCCAGCCACUGCUGCCAGCGGCUUUCCUUAUGGAAGCCCGAGGCCUGAGGGAGACAGGAAAUGGGCCACACCCCAGUUGCCCAUCUGCUCGAGCUGCCGGCCCGGUCUUGGUGCCUGCCGAGCUCAUGCCCUCAGUUCCCUGCACACCCUCGGCAGGCCCCUGCUUUCCAGGGGCUGUCACCUCCCGUCACGUGGGUCCUGUCCCUGGGCUCAGUGGUGGGUCUUUGUCCCCACAUGUCUGUUCCACAGCCCCAUUGGCCAGACGUGUCAGCGACCAGAGGCUCUGUGAGGGAGGCUCCAGCAGAGAGCAGCCUCGCAUCACCUGGCCGGAGCUCCCUCUGGGAGGACAUCUCGUGGAGCACUGCCGGGCCCAGUGGCCAGUUGAGGCAGAAGCUUUUAGUGCGCUGUGUUCUCAGUCUGGGGUCAGAGUCGGCACCAGCGUCCUUGUCCGGCAGGGACAGGCCUGCCCAGUGUGAGCUGCGGUGCGGGGCCAGUGGAGGACACGGGUGAGGCCGCCCUCCAGAAUGCUGGUCUCAGAACGGCAUUCCUACUCGACGGUCAAGCUCCGGUUCCAUUGUACUGCUUGGAGUGGAACGUAUAGAGGAAAGCAUGGUGUCACUAUUAUAUUUUGUUGUAUUUCCAGACUUUUUUUAAGCUUUAAGUUUCUUUUUUAUAUAUAUAUAAUAAAAUCAAGUGUAUAAUUCAUUGCUUUCGA